AUGAAAGUUUCUCCGACACUGUGCAGCUUGAUUGAAAUAGGAAUAGCAUCUUUACAUGUAGUUUCCAUCUGUCCCUGUGAUGAGCAUUUUAGUAAUCUGAGCACUCAUUCAAUUGGUGCUCCCUCUUCAGUAUUCUGCUGUGAGGUUGAAGGGGCCAAUAUAAUCACGUACACUGUUGAGAUAUGGCAUCUGAGGGACAUGAUGGAAACUGACCUUUUUUGCUGCUUGCUCUUUCUUUGCACUAGCACCUAUUUACUGUUUUCCUUCAAAAAAAAAAUGGCACAUUUCCUUUCGUUGGAGUUGAUGGUUCAAAUUGUAGAACAUUAUUUCUUUGUCACAGCUCAUUUCUUUAUUUUCUCUUUUGUUGCGGAGUUUAAUUUCCCAUAUUCCUAUAUCCUUAAUGCUCUGUGCUGGGUUUCCAAACAAUUUACAAGCUCUAUAAAUUUGUCACAUAUUGACAGGGUGGUAUUAUCCUUGUUCUCCGCUUUCCUCUCCUUAUUUGUGGUUCGUGUAAUUUCCAUCUGUCCCUGUGAUGAACAUUUUAGUAAUCUGAGCACUGGUUCAAUUGGUGCUCCCUUUCAGCCCUCUGCUGUGAGGUCGAAGGAACCAAUGUUUCCACACGUGCACUGUUGAGAUAUGGCAUUCUGAGUGACAUGAUGGAUACUGACAUUUUUUGUUGUUGUCGGGUACUCUAUGUUAAAUGGGUUUUCCUCUCUUAAGAUUUAUAUCUUCUGCGAUUUAUCUGGCACUGUAAUUGCAAAUCUUUGGCAUCUUGAAAUUUGAUGUGUUCUCUCUGCAAUUUAUGUUUUGUUUUUGCUCUUUGGUGAGGAAGUUUGUAAAGCAGGAUUUGAAAACUGGACAAGCUUGAUCUUUUUGCCCUGGUGAAUGAAGGAAUGAUGUAUCUAUCUCCUGUCAGUUUGUUUGUCUUGCUAAUAAAAUUCACCAGCUUUCCCGUACGCUACACUUAGCAGUUCAUACUUGACUAAGGGCAGUGCACGCUUCGCUGUGCCGCUUACUUUCCUGGGGUUGCACACGUUUUAUCUUUGUGUGUGUUUGAAGUUGUGAAAAUUAUUUGCUACGUCCCAGUUGGUUUGGCGUGUGGAGAAAUAAUAGUGUUUUCUUUUGAUGUGGUAUUUGGAGGUGUCCUUUCUGGCCGUGGAUUAGAGGCAAAUUCCAAUGAAUAGUACACGUUAUGUGAGGGAAUUAUCUGUGCUUUUGGACACAUGUGUUAUGUUGGUGCUAAAACGUGUGGUAGGCGACGCUUCCUUCUUGCCAACCAAGACCCACACCACUCAGGCACUUACCAAGGGUGCCCACCCACCGAGAGAUUCAACCACAAAUCCAAGGGCAAUGACCCAGCUAAAAUCGUGUUUUAAUCUCAAAUUGAAUGAGAAGCUCUGAAAUUAGGGAGCCUAGUGAAGUUAGAGAUGUAAGCAAUAUGAUGUUGAAGUUGGUAUUA